GUUUUGCCCCCAAAAGUUUGGACUAAUAGAAAAUAUGGCCGGCCAUUGAGUUUGGCCAAAAAAAGCAAAGUUUCCCGCCAUCCCAUUCCCAUCGGCAUCGUCCUGCCUCGACAUUGUCCAUGUGGCCAGGGAGGUGGAUCGAAAUCAGCUGGGGACUUUAAAGGCGACUGCCCACAAUGGACCUUGGCCGCUGGCUGCUGCAGCUGGGCGUGCACAUGCUGCUGGUUGUGCGGCGCAUUCAGUGUCUACGUGUGACUGACAUCAAUGUGCCACAAAUUGUUGAUUUUCGUGAUAACGUGACAUUAUCCUGCAGCUAUGACAUAAGUGGUCACACGUUAAAUUCGGUUAAGUGGUACAAAAACGGAAAGGAGUUUUUUAGAUACUCGCCCCUCACCCCGCCCACCUACAUUCCGUUCGCAGUGGAGGGCGUGCAGCUGAUCGAUGACGGCAACGAGUGCAACGAAUCCUCCUGUCGCGUGGAGCUCAAUUUAUUGGGCGUCAAGUCGUCGGGCGUCUACAGGUGCGAAGUGUCCGGCGAUGCCCCCCACUUCCAGUUAACUGCCCGCGACGCCAACAUGACCGUCGAAGCACUUCCCCAGAACAAUCCACUCAUCAGCAGCUUUCACUCAACCUAUCGCUUCGACGACUUCGUAGAGGUCAACUGUAGUACGGAUUUUUCCAGCCUUUUCACGCGGAUUACCUGGUACGUCAAUGGAAUAAAGGUUUCUCUGGCGGAUUUACUCCCCUCUUUUGAGACCACCAUUGUAGCCCAUGGAUACAGCAUGCGACGCAUUGUUUCCCAGCUGAAUUUUUACGCCAAUGAACCACGGUUCCAUCAAUUGCAAUUGCAAAAACUGAUCCAGCAAAAGCGGACAAUCUCACCAGCUAGACUUGGGCUCGAGCUGCGUUGUGUUGCGGAGAUCGAUCGGUAUCCACAUCUGCAAAGAGAAGGUACCAUGUUCGCCCAGCUUUACAGGGACGAAAUUGAUCAGAAAAAUCAGAAGCUGAUCAACUCGAGAUCAAGUGCCACUCCAAAUCCACAAGUGCAGCAUCUGCUGCUGGUGGCAAUUUCGAUGACGAUGACCGCAGUGCGACUCUUCACACCGCUGACAUUUCAAUAUGGCGCACGGAAGUCGGCGCGCUAUAAAAUGGCGGCGACGCGAUGUAGUUUUCCUCGUUUCCGGUUUUGAUUGUGUUCCUUUUUGUUGUGUUCGAUUUGUUUAACAUUUUUGUAGCUCUAAGCAACUGAAAUGCACGUGAGAAUUUACAAACAAAAUCAAUGUAAUAUUUAUGUAUAAUUGUAAUAAAAGUCUCGCAGAGUUUCGUGGGGGAAAUUAACUUAAGCAUAGGCGAGCGAAUCCUGUAAAUAGCCUUUAAGUGUGCAAUCGA